AUUGUUUGAACUUUGACCUUUAUUAGCGAAGCUAAAAAGCCUAAAUAAACAAACUUGAGAAAAGUGAUGGAAGAUGAUCAGGACAUGGGCUUCACAGAGGAGCAGAUGGUUGCCCAGGCUAUAGCUCUCUCGCUAACACCAUCUCCUCAAGUGAGCUAUGAGUCCCAGCCUUCUAGAUCAGCUACAAAUCAAAGCAUAGAUUCUGCGGUCCUAUCCAUUGAUUCCCUACCCAGAGGACAAGAUUUGAGACAGAGCAGUCAAGGAACUUCGGGAACGUACUCCUCUAUCAGUUCAUCUCCUGAUCUGGGUAUAUCCACUGGAGACAUGAGUCAGGGGGAGGGCAUGGACGUGAGGACGGGAGGAGACGGUUGUCCAGCUGCCGAGGGAGCUGCUACAAUACCCCCUGAUUUGGUUAACAAGAGUACCCCCUGUGCUACUGACCUGCCCCUUGCAAGACUCUCCAGCCUACAUGACCAACCAAACAGUUUUGAUAACACCAUCUUGGACCCGAAACCAUCCCACGCAGUCACUUGGAAACCAAACAAGGAAUGCUUGGAACUGAUUGUCGGAAUGGGAAUUAGCGAAAAUGCAGCUAAACGAGCACUCUACUACACUGGCAAUUGUAAUGCAGAGAUGGCUAUCAGUUGGGUAUUUGAAAACAUUAACGAUCCGAACCUACACCUGGAAUUUGAAGCACCUUCGAUGAUUAAUUCCGGCCAAAACAGUCAGUUUGGGCCUGGACCAGUAUACCAUUCGUUUGAUGAUCUGAUACAAGCUACGGAGAUGUAUAAAAUGGUAUUUGUCGUGAACAAUUCACUGAAAAUGGGCGUUGGAAAGAUUGCUGCUCAAGUUGGACAUGCUACACUGGGACUGUAUCGAUUCUUACAAGGACAAGCCGAACAAGUCGAGGGGUUGAAAAUAUGGGAGGAGAGAGGAUCCAAAAAAGUGGUGCUGAGAGGGGAAAAUGUUGAUCAGUUACUCGAUUUGAAACGGAAAGCAUACGAACUGAAAGUGGCUAAUAUUGUGGUCCACGAUGCCGGCCAUACUCAAGUCGAACCGGGUUCUCUCACAGUACUGGCUUUGUUCGGAAGACUGGAGGCUGUCGAUCAAAUAACUGGACAAUUGACUCUUUUAUAGCUAAUUUACUAAUUAUUAGUAUGAUUCCACACAAUUUUCAUGACUUUGUAUAAACAAUGUCUAUUAUGAUCACAUAACUUUAGUAAUGCCAUGAUUUUGUUUUACUGAUGA